GAGACAGACAGCUCACUCUGCCAGAAUUUCGAGAUACGGCCGAUGCAUUCUCGGUUCUCACCAAUUUUAUUGGGACGCUAUUUUUUUUUCUUUGUCCCAUUGAGAUCAUCUUCUCAGCGGACCAUCUUUGUGCUCGCUCAGGGUUUAACGAGUUUGUGUAACACAUUUUCUAAGGAAGAUAAAGGUGCGCGUUGCCAAGCCCAUAAUUUCCUCUAUGUGAAUGUAGCCACCAGAACAUGUCAACCGAUGGACCCCGCGACAACAAUCACAGCGCCGGAGUGUGAAACCGAGUCGAGUUCAAUCUGGAACUGGUGGCCGUCCUGGCGUCCGACCUCAAUGUCCCUUUUGAAGACGACAGAGUCCAAGAUUCUCGCAUGUAUUCAGAAUGACGUCUGGGCUCGGUUUGUGACUGCCAAACCGCGAUCGGAUAUGGACCCUGACUCUCACCAAGAAGGCGGCGCCGGUGCCUGCAGAACAAGUCCUUCUAGCCCCGAAGACUCCCCUGGUGAUGGUCCAUGGCUUUGGAGGUGGGGUUGGCCUGUGGAUCCGGAACCUGGACACGCUGAGUCGGUCGCGGCCUCUCUACGCCUUUGACCUCCUGGGCUUCGGCAGGAGCUCCAGGCCUCCCUUCCCCUCGGACGCCGCCAAGGCGGAGGAGCAGUUCGUCGACUCCAUUGAGCAGUGGAGGCGGUCCUUGGGCCUGGAGAGCAUGGUUCUGCUGGGACACAGUCUCGGGGGGUACUUGGCUACCUCCUACGCCAUCCAGUACCCCUCUAGAGUGUCUCACCUGAUCCUGGUGGACCCAUGGGGUUUCCCUGAGCAGACCCCGGAUGGUCAGGACCAGGGCACGGAGGUGGUGAAGCGGCCGCCCUUGCCGCGCUGGGUGAAGGCCAUUGCUGCAGUGGCGUCCCUCUUCAACCUGCUGGCAGUCAUCAGAGCCGCAGGGCCGUGGGGCCCAGGCUUGGUGAACAGAUUCCGUCCCGAUUUAAAAAGGAAAUUCAAAGAUCUGUUCGACGAUGACACCAUGACGCAGUACAUCUACCACUGUAACGCACAAACCCCGAGUGGCGAGGUGGGUUUCCGGGCCAUGGUGGGGUCUCUGGCCUGGGCCAAGAGGCCCAUGCUGCAACGCGUUCACCAGCUGCCGCCCUCCAUGCCCCUCACCAUGGUGUACGGGGCUCUAUCCUGGGUGGACAGCUCGUCUGGGGACGCCGUGGUCCGGAUUAGGAACCAGGCCCCGACUGAAGUCAUCCUGAUCGACGACGCUUCCCACCACGUGUAUGCCGAUCAACCAGAGGAGUUCAACAGAGUGGUGGAAAAGAUAUGCGACUCUGUUAAGUGAUGGCCACUGUGUGUGUGUGUGUGUGUGUGUGUGUGUGUGUGUACAUGCCUUUUAUAUGUAAAAGCACUGAAGCAUAAGGCCAAGUCAUGAUGGGGUACUUAGCACUACAUGUCUAAAUGCUGGGUGGCGUCCGUGGCAUUUCGAGACAUCCAGUAGCUCCACAUGCGUUUGGAUGUUCUUUGUUUGCGACUCCUGUUCUCAUAGAAACGGGCUGUUGAUAUUAUUGUUGCCAAGUUUUCUUGUACGGGGAAAUGGUUUAAUUUAAAACAUGAUUGAAUACGUUUUGUUAAUGUGAUCAUACAGAGUAAUACUUGUACUUGUGCUAAAUGUGUUUUAUUAGUAAGUGAAACACACACUCCUCCGGAUGCACUGGGUUUGUGUGACGGAGCGGCAUCAUGGCUCAUGACUCGCACUUUUUGUUGUUGAUGUGCCUCAUGUUCAGGCCUGUAUUGGAUAUCUGGUCUUUUAAUCUUUGCUUUUCUCUUUAUAUAUUCAUCACCGUAUAAAACGGCUGCUUGUAUUUUUUACCUUGAAAACAAUAAACGCUCAUUUGCCAAACUGCUCCUGUGGAAGUCCAUGCGGCGCACCGCGUGGCCCAACCAGUAGGGGGCGCUGACGCGUGUCAUUCCCAUUGGUUUCGGUGGUGGCGCGGAAUGGCUCGUGGAAGCCCUUCGUUCAAAAUGUUGUUUUUGUAAAAGCGCACAAAUAUUAUCAGCCACAUUUUAAAUAAAAGUGCCAGUUUUUUCCCUCUGUCACUGUUUAUGUUUGAUAAAUAAUUAAAACGUUA